AUGUCGCAUAAUGACGCGUACGAAACUGCUAUAGAACGUGCUAAAAUGGUUGUUUCAAAAUUUUCUACCCCUGACGAUGGGCAACCAAAUGGGGCGUAUGCUGGGGGAAAGCGACCAGCCGAUUCUAUGGGCCAAUAUCCAUCGGCUGAAAAACGCCCUUACACUGACAAGGCUGCUGCAGCUGCCCAUGAAGCCGCCGCGAGGUUGAGUCAAAAGCUUACAGGCGGCGCAGUAUCCACAGCCCAGCAAAACUCACCAGCACGGCAAAUUACAACUGAAACGACCAUUCCAGACCGUUUUGUUGGUCUAGUUAUCGGUAAAAAGGGUGAACAGAUUACAGCCCUUCAAAAUGAAUCUAACUGCAAGGUUCAGAUAUCUCAGGAGGGUGGUCGGCCGGAGCGGGUUGUUACUCUGACGGGAACUCCACAGCAAGUAGUACAUGCGAAGCAGUUGCUUAAUGACAUCAUUGAUCGAGCUGAGAAGUCCGGAAUGGGUGGUCAGCCCUCUCCUCUGAAUUAUCAACACAUAGCCAAUCCGACUGUUUAUGCUCCCAGUGGGCCAAUAUCAACGGUUGAAAUGAUGAUUCCUGGUUCUAAAGCAGGACUAGUCAUUGGCAAAAAUGGCGAAACAAUCAAGCAACUUCAAGAAGAAAAUGGGGUUAAGAUGGUCCUGAUUCAGCAGAGUAGUGCACCAACUGUGGAAGAUAAACCACUGCGUAUAACUGGUGAUCCAGCUCGUAUUGAGAGGGUUAAAGCGCUCGUGAUCGAGAUAAUCACGCGUGGACGUGUGGGUAAUUUGUCUGAAAACGCGGAGAUCACGCGAUAUGCGGUUCCUGCUGAAAAAGCUGGUCUGGUCAUCGGCAAAGGUGGUGAUUCCAUAAAAGAAAUCUGUCGAGUCAGUGGAGCUCAUGUUGAGAUUUCAAAGGAGCCUCCUCCAGACCCAUCAAUCAAGAUUUUCAACAUCCGUGGCAAUCCUAACGAAAUUGAACAGGCUAUAAGAAUGAUCUCUGAGCGCGCCGGUAUCCCCAUCUCAAGGCCGACUUCUGGAUCGACCUCCAACCUCUGGGGACAGCUCGGUUAUGGCCAGUCAGAUUGGACUUCCAGCAUGCCCGCACCGACGUUCAAUCCGCAUACCGGUCAACCCGAUUACAGUGCUGCGUGGAUUGAGUAUUACCGCAGGCAGGGCAUGCAUGAAUACGCUGAUAUGAUUCAACGGCAGGCUCAGCAGCAGCAAAUUCAGCAAUAUCAGCAGAGCGCUGGCCCGUCGUCUCAGCCCGGCACCGCCCCAACUGGAGUUGCCCCAGUUUCCCAUCCUAGCCAAAGCGGUCAGCCAUCAGGCGCGCACUCGAACGUUCAGCAGGGCGGACCACAAUCAACCGGCAGCUAUCCGGGUGAUCCAAGCCAGCAGAGCGACUACGCGCAGUGGCAACAAUGGCAACAGUGGCAAGCGUGGCAAGCAUGGCAUCAACAGCAGCAGCAACAACAACAGCAACAGCAACCACACAGUAGCAGUAGCGGCGCCAACAGCGGCUCUGGUGCUCCCGGAGGCAUUCCCCCACCUCAACCGCCUCAGGGAGGUUCAGCGGCUUCAAGCGGUCCCCCACAGCCUCACCACUGA